CUCGCUGGCAUCACAAACACUAGAUAUCUUCAGUUCUGAGCUUUGCAGAUUCAUACUAAUACAGACCAGCAUUGGCUCGACGGAGGCGGCGUUCUGCCAAAACACGCGUUGGGGACAGGCAGUGACAGAAAAAAGAAGGGGAAGAAAGAGUCCAGCAGCUCUCGCACACACCGGACUCAAGCAGGUUCAGCACCAUGAAGACCAGACUAGGCUGCCUGUCCAACAAAUCUGACUCCUACAGUGACUUCUCUGAGUUCCUGCCUCCGGCCCACGAGACAGCCGCCAGGUGUCUGAAAGUGUCAACCGACGAGGUUGUUCGGUGGUCAGAAUCGUUUGAUCAUCUUCUCUCUCACAAACAUGGCCUGGCUGCCUUCCGGUCAUUUCUCAAGACGGAGUUCAGCGACGAGAAUAUUGAGUUUUGGAUGGCCUGCGAGGAGUACAAAAAAAUCAAGAGCUCAACCAAGCUUGUGUCUAAAGCUAACAAGAUCUUCCAUGAAUUCAUUGAUAUUCAGGCACCGAGAGAGAUAAACAUUGACUACCGCACCAGGGAGAAGACCAAGCAGAGCCUGGAGGAUCCAACCCCAACCAGCCUCAACGAAGUCCAGGCUAAAGUCUACAGCCUCAUGGAGAAAGACUCCUACCCACGAUUCCUCAGGUCCAAGAUGUACCAGGACAUGGUCAACAGAGCGAGCGCACAAGGCCAGCGGAGGUCCGUUUGACUGGGUGCGAUGAAGACCACGGAGGACAUAAAACUGGACCUACACUGUAAAUCAUCCAUUAACCCUUUGACAUGUCUGAAUACUGUGAAUCUGCAAGGAUGGGAUGACAUGCUUGACUGUUUCCUUUGUCUACACCAGCUCCAUGCAUGCAACCCCUCUAGGAAAGACGCGUCUUAGUGCACAGCACUGUACAGUGCAGAGAAGGAGAUUGGAUGAGGAUAAGCUAAUCAUUUUACCUCUACUUGGUGCUGGGUGACAUGUCAAUAAAAUGACCGCGUCAUGCCAUAAAUAUCUAUCACAACACACACUGUUCUCACUAUUGAUUUCUUUGAAAUGGAUGAGAAGAAAUCAGCGAUUUGCCAUGUCAUUAACAUCCGUACUGAUGGAAAACAUUUAAACUUUUAAACUAGAGCUCUUGAACAGAGCACGAUAGAACAGCUUUUGAUCUUGCAAAACAAUUCCUGGUAUUAAAAAUGUACUUCAGCUGCUAAAAUUAAGCGUCAAGCUCUAGAAUAAACUUUCAAGUUUGAGCUGAGGGUUGUUUUCAGUUCAGUUGCAUAGCCCAAGCUUUAUAAAACAUAUUGGAUGGAAAUACUUAAUUUAGAGAAAUAAUUGCAGUGGGUACUUAAUGUAACGUAGAGUUGAUUUUCAUUCCAUCAGCAAGAAAGAAAUAAUCUGUGAUAAAUAUCCUUUAUGACACCCAGCACUGUCCCGACUUCUUUGUGAAAUAGAUGCUGUGGUUAUGCAGGUGACUAGACCUGUUGUGGUAGUUUGUGUGUUUACAACGAACAAUAAAGUGAGUUAACACUUGAUAUCUGAAACUGUGCCAAACUAGAUUGCACUUAAAUGUUGAUAUAGCUACAUAAUCCUGUGUAUUGUCAACUAUUCCAGGUAUUCUAUGUGACUUUAAAUGUGCGGUAUAAUUAAGGGUUGGGUUCAUCUUUCCUUUCAGUUCACGCUGAAGGUAGUGGAAAUCUGCUGUCAUUGAACCUGUUCAAUAUUAAACAUUCUGCCAGACCAAUCCUUUGAGGCGGGCCAGGAUUCAGUUGUAAUUUAUCACUGGUAUCUUUUUAAAUUAGAUUUAAUUAAAGUCAUGUCAUCGUGCUAUCGGGACCAGAGGCAUUAUUAAAUGUAAUCCGCUUCAUCGGACAGUUUGACAAAAUGACUCAUUAUUUGCAAGAAAUUUGGGAGCGCUCACUAAAAUGGAAAUUGCACUGGAUUACAUAACUCAUCUGCUAAUAAUCAGUAGGCAGUGCUUCAUUAAACUGAAGAUUAAACAUUGGUCUCCCAGUCACUGGAGCAGUGAACUGAAAGCAAGCCCCAACCCCCACAGAAACAUGCGCACAUUUCCUAAAUUAUUUUCAGCAUGAUGCAAUACUGAAUAAAUAUUUAUAUAUUCUCUACUUGUACAGUAUGUUAUGAAAUGACUGCAAAAAAAAACAAAAAAAAAAACAAUUUAAAUGUAGAUUAUGUCUUCAAAAUGACUAAUGUGUUUGAACUGUGCUCCCUCAGUAUUUGCACUCAUUUUUAAACUGGUUGACUGAAAAGAUUUCCUGAGUAUUUCGGGAGAGACAUUUAUUUUCUUUACUGCAUGUGUGCUGAAAAAAGGCCAAACCCAACAUUAACUGGCUGAACAACAUAUCACCCGAUAUUGUACGUUGCCGUGUUCCACAUGAAUGUAACCUCCCUCCCCCUCUUAAAUUUUGUGAUUAAAAAGGGAAUCUGCAUCUACA